GCGGGCUCAGAGGACAGUGGGGCCCGACCGGACACAGCCCUAAGCUCUCUCCCUCCAUCCCUCCAUUCCUUCAUUCCUUCUUCCCUCUCCCUUCUGCACAGCAUCCUCUGCAAACCCUCAGUGCCUGGGGGUCCUCUCUCCCCAAUCUGCCUUUAAUUACUCAUUCAUUUAAUUGUCUUCCUCCUUGCGGGGCAGCCCCAGAACUUUCUCUUCCUGCAGAGCAAAUUAGGGUAUUUGCUCGGCAUUUUUAGGGGGGGAAAGAAGGGUUCCUUUCAGACCGAUUUUGAGGGGGGCGUCAGGUUCGAGAGCUUGGGAGGAAGGGGGGUAUAGGACCCCAGUGAGAAUCUUCUUUCUCUCUCCGCCUGGUCUCACUCCGAUCUAACCCGGCCCUCCUGCCCGGCCUUUGCCCCCCGCCUCCGCUACCCCCUUCACGCAGCGCCCCAGCUGCGGGACCACGACCAUGACCGAAAUGAGCGAGAAGGAGAACGAACCCGAGGACGCAGCCACUCAUCCCUCCCCUGGGGCUGUUUCCACCCUCCAGGAAACCAAGCUUCAGCGUUUCAAACGUUCUCUGUCCCUCAAGACCAUCCUUCGAAGCAAGAGUGUGGAGAAUUUCUUCCUUCGUUCAGGCACUGAACUCAAGUGCCCAACGGAGGUGCUGCUGACCCCCCCAACCCCAUUACCACCCCCUUCACCCCCACCUGCAUCCACUGAUCCAGGCCUGCCCACCUCUGCCCGAUCCCCUUGUCCAAUCCAGCGUCCUUUGGCACCUCUCAAGCCCCUGAGGACCCACAGCUUCCAAGAACAUGUCUUCAAACGUGCCAGCCCCUGUGAACUCUGCCACCAGGUUAUCGUGGGCAACUCCAAGCAGGGCUUACGAUGUAAGACGUGCAAAGUCAGCGUCCACCUCUGGUGCUCUGAGGAAAUCUCCCACCAGCAGUGCCCAGGCAAAACGUCCACCUCUUUCCGACGCAAUUUCAGUUCCCCUCUCCUGGUGCAUGAGCCACCCUCAGCCUGUACCCGGGAGUCCCCACCAGCUGGUGCCGGUGGCAAAGUGGAUCCCAUUUAUGAGACCCUCCGCUAUGGUACUUCCUUGGCAUUAAUGAACCGUUCGAGCUUCAGCAGCACUUCGGAGUCCCCCACCCGAAGCCUGAGUGAGCGAGAUGAAUUGGCAGAGGAUGGGGAAGGUAGCAUCCGUAGCUCAGAGGAGGGUGCCAGUGACAGUGUCUUUACAUCACCAACUGAAAGUGAAGUGCCAGGCCCUGAGGAGAAGAGUCCUGGACAGCCUCAGGCCUCCAAGGGCACCAUUCGGAAGGACGUGGGCCCCAUGUAUUCCUACGUUGCUCUCUACAAGUUUUUGCCCCAAGAACAUAAUGAUCUGGCGCUGCAGCCAGGAGACCGGAUCAUGCUUGUGGACGAUUCCAAUGAGGACUGGUGGAAGGGCAAGAUCGGUGACCGGGUUGGCUUCUUCCCCGCCAAUUUUGUGCAGCGGGUGAGGCCAGGAGAAAGUGUGUGGCGGUGCUGCCAGCCAUUUUCGGGGAAUAAGGAACAGGGCUACAUGAGCCUCAAGGAGAGCCAGAUCUGUGUAGGCGUGGGCAGAAGCAAGGAUGCUGAUGGCUUCAUCCGAGUCAGCAGUGGCAAGAAGAGAGGCCUGGUACCUGCUGAUGCUCUGACUGAGAUUUGAAAUUGGGCACAGCAGGCACAGAAGAAGAUAGUGCCCCCACCCCUAGGAGAUGACCCAGAUAUCAACUCUGCCCCCUUGUUCCCUGCUUCUGGUUCCAGGGAAUGGAGUAGGGUCUCCUUACCCACCUCCCUGCUCACUUGCUGCCACGCUGCUGGGCACCACUCUAAAUAGACACCGAAGCUCUACGAUAAGGAAGGUUGUAUUUUUCCUCUGGGGGCCCUCUGGAGGGCAGGUUGGAGAAUAAGUUGAAGAGCAGGGAUCAGCUACUGCAGGCAGGUCUGCCCUGUGCCAAGGUGCCAAUUUCUGUGCCCACCAGUGCCCUGCUGCCACAAUGAGUCAAGCCCUGGGCAGCUCUGUCCUCUGGGGCUUUCUGUGGCAUCUCCCCAGACUUCCACCCUCCCAGUUGUUGCAUGCCUUGUGCCACCUUUCCACUCAGCCCAGCCUCUGUGUGUGUGUGUCUGUGUGUGUGUGUGUGUCUCUCUGUCUCUGUCCACUUGGGCAUGGGGCAGGUGUUGGGGGAGGGAUAAUGUCCCCUCCUCCCAGGCCCCUCAAAAUGCCUGCUCCCCCCUCAGGGUUUGAAGGGGGUGGGAGAUAUGGGAGGGGCUUCUCCGCUUCUGUGGUCCUAACUGCUGCCUUCCCAAUAUCACCAUCUCUCACUCGCUCAAUUCUCAGGAAAGUUUCACUGGUCUCUCCCAUAACUUGAAACCUGGGCUGGCAGAGAAGGGGAGGGAUGAAGGAGAAAGAACAGGGAUUGUUCUCUUGUUUUGAGGGAAGAGGAAAUCCCAAUUGGAACAACCAAGAUGGGGACUUCUUCCAUUCCACCCCUAUGGGCCCUCACAGUUGGGGAAAGAAUAGCCCGGCUGUGGUCUGAAUCCUAUCCAAGGCCAGAACAUCCCCAAACUGUUCCACCCUACGGCCACGGCCACUCCAAUGAAAAGCAAUCCAGAUGUAACAGGAAGAAUAAAUUGUAGCAUGCUUGUUUGUUAUUGGGAGGAGCUCGGGAGUAAUCACAAUAGCUACAGAAUUCUUAUAAAUCUACCUGUUGUCUGGGACCUGAUAAGUCAGUGACAGACUUCAAGAAUUGGGAGUCAAGCCCAUUACCCAGAUCUGAAAACUGAUGAUAGGCAGUUUUCUUUUCCUGUUCCUCUUUUCUUCUCUGGCCUCUCCUCUCUUCUAUGAUCUGACUUACCCUGUGAAGGCUGAAAUAGGACAAUUGCAAACAUUCCUUCAAUAGGGUGAGCCAGGGGUGGUCUCAGGGGAACAAGACUGCACUUUAAAAAUAGUCCUGCCCGAGGGCUAAAUGUUCCAGGGGGUUCUACCACCUACUGGAGAUAAGGGGCUGUAUUUCAGUGUCAUUUUUCUGAUUAUACCCCUGGCACCCUUUGCAGACCCUUGGGGUAGGAAUGGAGGGUUGGGAGGUAGGUAGGUGUUGGGAGGAAGUUGAGACUCUCAUACUGACUCCCAAGGAAGGAAAGAAGUGGAGGCAUCCCAGACCAGAGGAGAUGCCCUGUGGGGUCUCACCUGUGAAGACUGCUCCUCUUCAGGCCCAACUCCCCAGGCCCCAGCUCAGAACCUCCUUCACCACGCCAGCCAAUGCCUCCCCUACUCUGGGCACAGGUCCUUCCUUACCCUAAGACCCUUGCCUCCCCUCCCUUGGGCUGUUCCCAGAUUUGGGGUGGGGAGAGGCUGAAGCCACACUGCCCUGUUUGCUGCCACGAGGCUGCCCCAGCAAUACCCCUCCGGGGCAGGCACGAUGCCCACUGUACAUAGAGGCUGCAUGACAGGUCUGAUUUGGGCGCUGCUGGGCCCCCAGACCCACUGAUUAAAUGUA